AUGAAAUGUUUUGAACAUAAUGCUCCCUACACUCUAAUUUGUUAAGUCAAAGAUUGUGGUCAGAAAUUGAUGUGUAAUCAAUGCAUGACCAAGCACAAUGCUUAACACUACCCAAUGAUAUAAAGUUUUUCUGAUAUGGAUUAUCAAAUAAAGUAGGUUCCUUAGUUGCUUGAGAAAGAUUUGGAUGUUCUGAAGGCUAGACUCUAUUCAAUUCAGAAUCACAUGACUGUCGAGAAGGAGCAGCUGAGGAAAUAAUUGAUAAAGCUAACCGAAGUUCUAAAAUCUCGGAUAAAUGCUGAAGUUGAUGACUUUUGUUCUUCUGCUUUAGAAUAUACAAAUUCAUAUUACAAAUAGUAUGAAACUGAGAUAGGCAGCUUGCUUGGAGUAAUUUCUGAGCAUAUGUACAUGGUAGCCCCUUAUACAAUAAGGGUCAGACCUAUAAAUGAAAAUCAAUUUGGGAUAUUGAUGGAUUUUCAAGAUAAAAUGAAUGGAAAUGUAUUACCAAGUCUACAAAAGAGAGCUGAGGUAAUUUCGAAGCAAGUUCUAGAGAAUCAGUUAUAUAUGCGGACCGAUCAUUUUUAUAAUAUAGUAAAAUCAUCACUCGGGAAAGCAUUGUAGUCUUAUAAUUUAUUCAAGAACAAUGAAUUAUAAUUGGAGUAAAAGAGAGCCACGCAUUUGCAAACAGAAUAUGAACUAGAAAGUGCAAGGUCAGCAUUGUUUCCAACCAUUGAUUUUAAAAGAAAUGCAUUAGAAUUAUUGAGGGAUAAUUAGCAACAAGAAAGGAAGUCUGUACGAAUUUAUAGAGCAGAGGAAGGAUUCACUAUACCCAAAAAUAGAAGUUCCGCUGAGUUUAGUGGAUCUCGAUACAUAUAUGCAAAAGCAAUAAAUACAGUGCUUAGUGGACAUACAGACAUUGUGACAUGUCUUUGUAUAUUUUCUUAAUCUUCUUUGAUAUCUGCAGGAGGUGGAGGAAUCAUAAAAAUAUGGGAUAUAGAUGGAGGAGUGGCAUUGGGUUAGAUGAGUGAACAUGCAGGAGAUGUGUGGGCAUUAGCUAAAAUUAAUGAGACUAAUUUUGGUAGUGCGAGUGCUGAUUAAACAGUGAGAAUUUGGAACUAUUAAAGAAUGAUAUGUGAAAGUGUGUUAGUCGGACAUUUGUAACCUGUCAAAAGUUUGAUAUAUCUAAAGGAUUUAGAAUACUUAGCAUCAGGUAGUUUGGAUAGCACCAUUAAGAUAUGGACAACAAACAGGGCGAAGUUGAAACUAACCAUAUAAAAUAAUUAAAGAGUUAGAGCAUUAUGUUAUGUUUAAACUAAGGGUCUAAUUAUUAGUGGAGGAGAGAAUACUUUAGGUGUGUACAACGUAUUAAAUGGUUCUUGUAAGGAUCAAUUAGAUGGUCAUCAUGGAGAAGUGUUAUGUUUGAAAUAUCUACAAGAAUCGCUAAUGGGUGAAUUUAUGUCAGUCAUUGCAUCUGGAGGAGCUGAUAAAAAAAUAAUACUUUGGAAUUUAGAUAGAGCUAUUAAACUACACAUUUUUGUUGGACAUUUAGAAGCAGUCACUUGUCUAGGAUUUGAUAUUGAAAAUAGAUAAUUAUGGUCUGGUAGUGCUGAUAGAACUAUUAGAUGUUGGGACAUAGCUACAGGGAAGUCAAUUUUAACUGCAAAAAGACAUUCUGAAUAAAUUAGUGCUCUUGAGUAUAUGCCUGGAAGAGAACUAAUUAUUAGUGGAAGUUGGGAUCAUAGAAUAAGAGUAACAUAAAAGUAGAUUUUAAUGAAUUGA